AUGGAGUUGAAGAAGAGUCGAAUAAAAUAUAAAGAACAUCGUUUCGAGCAUCCGAUUUCUGCUGCAGUGAAUAUUGGGAACAAACUGGCGAUAGCAUUUCCGGCCAGAGAAGAUGAAGUUUCGGGAAAAAUAAUUGAAUUGCCGAAGAUUGAUCUUGCUGGAAGAAUCAUUCCUGUUCCAGAAGAUGUAAAGAAGCUAGUAGCGAUUCCUACUCGAAGCAAGAAGCAGCAAAAAUUCGUUCUUCUGGCUGUAACUCAAUCGAAGUUCAUUCUCUUCAAUGAUCAAGGAAAGCGAAAAGCAACAGCGAACCAUCAAAACUUCCAAAGAAAACUUCACUGCGUCUGGGAUUCAUCUGGCGAAAUUCUUUACUCGACGAGUGGAAGGUUUACUGUAACGAGUUGGAACUUUGGCUUCGGACUAAAUUCGAUAAACAUGGGCGCUGAAAUCGAGUCGAGCAAGUUUGAAGUGAUCGGACUAUCAGUAAAUAACUACCGUCAGUUGGCAAUUUUGGGAUCAGAGGUCAUAAUUUUGCACGAUCUUAUAAACCACCAGAAAAGAGAACUCAUCAAACUUCACAACAAUCAAAUUACAAUAAUCGAAACGACCGGUGAUCGCUGGAUAACUGGUUCGUUGGAUGGAACUUUAAAGAUUUGGAAUCUGGAUUGGCAACUGAUCGACACGAUGGUUUCCCAUCAACAUGAAGUUAUUGCAAUUUCGGCGAUGACCAUUUUAUCCGGCACUGAACUCGUUCUCUCCCAAAGUCUCGACGGGCGAAUAAUUUGCUGGUCUCUAGAAGGCGCAGAAGUUGUUAUGGACGAAUUCUUGCCAGAAUCACCCCAGUUCGAGAGGCGGCAGGUCGGUUAUUCUGCCGGAAUGCUCGCUCGCUCUGAUCAAAGCCUCCUUUCUUACGGAGAAUACGGUCUCUACGACUAUCACAUCAACCUGCUUUACUCGAAAUUACACCAAUUUCACGGGCCCGUUCGUCGAAUUGAACUUGGUAUUCCCACUUUGUCUGAGUACUCGGGAAGCGGAAAUGUUCUUGCGGUUCAGGUUGGCGACUCCGAAAUCAUUCUUAUUUCAACCCUCGGAUUAGUCAUCAACAGGGUGAAAGUAAUGGGUCCAAUCGAAGACUUUGCCUACCAAAAGCAUCUCGAGCUCCUUCACAUUCUGGUCGCUGGAGGGAUUGAAGUUUACGGCGUCGCAUCGUUCGAGAAACCAGCUCCUCUUCUGAGCCACUUCACAACGGCUCGAUCAAGAGAAGUCAAAAGCGUCGAGAUCUACACACCAGACAACGAUUUUCUGAUCCCCGAUUGGGAUGUCUUCUGCACCUCGCAGCGAAGUCUAACUCGAUGGAAUGCACGUUCUUCUAGCGUCUGUUUCGCUGUUUUCUAUCGAAUCUACGCUUCAACAAACGAGUGUUUGGAGCCAAUAUCACGUGACAGCGUCAAAGAUAGCCAUCUCGUCGAGUUAAUCAACGGAUGCCCCUUGAUUGCAGUGAACUCGCCUGAAUCGAUGGAAUUCUCCAUCAGAAAAAGCGGCCCUGGAACUCUGGUCGAUCCUCUCGAACAACACGCCGAUCAUGUGACAAGCUUAUGCACCACGGCGGAUCUAAAUUUCGCCGUCUCUGCAAGUCUGGACGGAAUUAUAAAAGUCUGGUCUGAACGGGGCGAUCUCAGGCAAACAGCUGACCUGAAUCGACCGAUUGGCUCUUUGUCCUUUGCGGGAGGGAGUGGUGAUCUAAUCGUCGCUUUUCAAAAUUCUACCGAGUUGCAGGUCGUCAACGCCAAAGAUUAUUUACCAGAAGAUUAUCUCAAGAACACGAUGAUCCGGAGACUGGGGAAAGUCGAGGAGGCGCCGAAAAUGACUGCAAGAGAUUCUAGCGACGAUGAAGAAGAAGAACCUGAAGAAGAAGAAGCGAUCGAAGACGAUGACGGAGAAAACGAGGAAGCGCGAAAUUUACUGCGGCGGAAUAGAGACAUCGCGAAAAUCAAAGCGGCAAAAGGGGAAGUUCAAAAAACAGAUUUUUCAAAAACGGAAAGAGAACAAAUCGAACGAGUGGCAUUCGACAAGUAUAUGAAGGUUGCUUUCGGAGAACGAGCGAAUAUUCACAUCCCGACUGAGGAGGAUUAUGUAAAUUGGAAACCGCCAGUGACUCCGCCGCCCGAGCCAGAUCCUUCUCAAGAGCCCACUGUCGACAAUGAAAUCGAAGAGCAAGAGGAUCAACAAUCAAGUUCUCCGGUUGACGUCAAUGCAAAUCCUGAUGAAGCCAUCACGGAAGUUGCUAGUAAAACCUCUGUAAGAUCAAAUAUCGAAGGUGCACCAGUGCCAGCUGGAAUCGGAAGAGCCUUGUCAGCAAUUUCAAACACGACUGUUUCAAACACUCUCAUCCCCAAUUCGACCUUCCGAUCGAGCAUCCCCGACCUCGAAUCCCUCGACGAAGAUGGCAAGUGGAAACGACCAGAGUACAACUUCUCCUCCCUCACAGCUCUCCCGCAAGAAGAGGAUGAAGAAGAAUUCGUGCCAAUUCCGCUCCGACAAGAAGCCGCGCCCACCCCACCUUUGGUGCAAAAAUCAUUGCUGCUCCAGCAAAUGGAAGCGGCAAUUGUCGCGGAGCAAAAUAAAGAAGAUGAAGCUCAGGAGGCAGAAAAACAGGCAGAAAUUGAGGAACAAGAGCGUGUGAGAAAAGAGGCUGAGCUAAAAGCUCGCAGGGAGGAAACGGCUUCCCGAAAUCUGAAGCCGAAAAAUUUCAAAGUUCGCGAACAUGCCCGACGGGUGCCAUUUACCCUUGCUCCUGCUUUGCCUAGUCCGCGAAACUCUCUUAUUGAGCAGUUACCAGUUAAUUCUGCGCAAAUUUCGUUUUCGACAAAAACGGAAAGUGGUCCUUUGGAGCAAGUACCCUCCGUAAUACCUUUGGAAGUGAGCGCAGAGCCGGAGAUUGCCGCGGAAGUCGCUCUUCCCAAAACACAAAUCUCAAAAUCGCCGACGUGUUACAAACCCUCCAAGUUUGUUACACCGAAAACACCAUCUCUCCAACGACCCAGCCCCUUGCCCCCACUUGAAGCGCUCGUGCUCGAUUCCGAUGAACUUACUGUUGAGGAUCUCUCAAGGCCAUCCACCAGACAAUACUCUGCGAGGAGCAAAGCAACUACAGCUAGAACACCGAGACUUGUCACGUGGCCUGGAUUGGGUCAGUUCGCGCAUCACUCGUGGUAUCCAGCAUUAUUGGCGUCUUUUGAAGAUGGAACUGUUGUCACAAAUGAAUUCGAUUUUUAUACAGAGCUUGUCAAGCUGCUUGGAACAUUAACAAACGAAGAAAUCUUCUCCGACCUCGUUGAUUUCUUACUAAACGCGCAGUCUGAACGGACAAUUGCUGCUUUCCACGUGGAUUUAUCAAACCAGCUGAUUUACGCUCGCCUUGACAGGACACUUUGGGACGUGGAGAAAGAAAUAGUUUCGAGUUCCAUGCGCUGGUUGCAUACAGUAGAUCGCCAAUCGACAAGAUACGGAAAUGUCUUCCUUUUGCGUCUACAUUUGGACAUUUCUGAAGAAAGAUUCCAACUUCUGAGAAGCGUCGAUAUCGAAGAUGAAGAAAAUUUAAUAAUCAAAAAGGUUGAUGCUUUGGCGAAUCCGCAAGCGAUAAAACGCUUCGUCGAAUCUUGGUCCGCAAAAGCUAUCAACGCGGACUAUGGAAAAGGAUCCUGGAUCGAUGGACUGCGACUUUUUGUUGAAUCGAAGACGAAAAGGGAAAAAGCGCCGAUGUCUGCUCCGCCGAUUAUACAAACUCAAGCAAAAGUUGAAAGCAAAACUGAGAAAAGUAAAAAUAUGGAAGAAAAUAUUGUCACUCUGCCGCGAAGAAGAAUUCGUCGUGUUCUACCUCCACUUAUGACGGAAAUCAACGAGCGUGGCGAACCCAACAUAACUCGAGUAACAGUUCCAAGAUCGAAGAUCAUUCUAGCGCCGUUUGGAUCCUUCUGGGAAAGUCACAAGCCGGGCUCGACUUCUCGUGCAUUGCCACUCGAUGCAGCGCCAAUCAAUGUCCCGCCACCGCCGAUGUACUAUCCUGACGAGGUGGAUCUUCCUGAACCGUCCUUGGUUGAUCGAAUGCAGAAGUUCUUUUUCAUUCAAAACUCGUAUUAUGUUGAUGAUGUUUAUAUGUAA